CAAUAAACUGGCUUUAGCGGUGCAAAAUGUGGCCAUUGAUUAUACAAUUCCUGCGUUCGAAUGCCGCGUACAUCACGCUACCCGUGGCAACAUUAGUUGGCGUGAUAGGAUAUAACAUCGAGAGCCUCCUAUCGGACAAAUACACCCCAUACAGCCCAUCCAUUCAGGAGAAACGAGCAGAACGCAUUACCGAAGAUGAGAAACUAAAGGCGGCGACUGAUGUAGAAAAACUAGUGUACAGAGAAAAUGUGCUCGGGCGGAACCUUUCACCUUCCCUUGAAAAUGGGAAAUAGUUGUUGAUAUUGUAUAGUUCGUAGCUUUCCCUGGACGGAG